AAGCCGUGGAAAAUACAACAUUAAAAAGUACCCGAUUUGUUUGUACCCUGAAGUACCAACUGCAAUGGCUGAAUAUUAUCCACCACCGCCCGGUGUACCCUACGGUUAUUAUCAACCGCCGCCUCCACCGCCUCCGCCGGGAGCCGCCGCACCGCAGCCUCCACCACCACUGCCGCCGUAUAUGCCCCAGCAACAGCCACCACCUUUCGCCCCCUACGCGGUUCACUUCCCCUCGAACGGUUCUUAUGAUGCUGUCCGAACCAUAUUUGUGGCGGGUUUACCUGAAGACGUUAAGGCUAGAGAGAUUUAUAACCUGUUCCGUGAGUUUCCUGGCUACGAAUCCUCUCACCUUCGGAACCAAGCCCAAGCUUCACAGCCAUUUGCUUUUGCUGUAUUCUCUGAUCAGCAGUCUGCAAUUGUGGCAAUGCAAGCUCUAAAUGGAAUGGUGUUUGAUCUUGAGAAAGGAUCAAUCCUGUAUAUUGAUCUUGCAAAAUCUAAUUCCCGAUCUAAGCGCUCAAGAACUGAUGAUGAAUGGAGUGGCUCUGAUAAGAAAGCUAGAGGGUCCUCCACAUUUUCAAGAGGAACUCCUGAUUCAGGUUUUGGCAGCGUUCACAUGCCUGGAAUGGGUAAUUCUGCUUACAACAUGAUUGGUUAUCCACCUACACAAAGUCUUGGAAACCUCGAGGCAAGAGCUGCUAGUGAGAGAACAGCUGCCAAAUUGAAUCAUUCAUCAGCCUCCCCUAAUGUCCCCAAAAUCGGUGCCCCAUGUCCAACUCUUUUUGUGGCUAAUCUUGGGCCAACCUGUACAGAGCAAGAAUUGGUUCAAAUCUUUUCUAGAUGCCCAGGAUAUCUAAAAUUAAAGAUGCAGAGCACAUAUGGGGCUCCAGUUGCAUUUGUUGACUUUCAGGAUACUUCCUCUUCAAUGGCAGCAUUAAGUAGUCUGCAAGGCACAGUUCUCUACUCAUCUCCAGGUGGAAUACGUUUGGAAUAUGCUAAGUCAAGGAUGGGAAUGCCUCGCAAGCCGAAAUAAUGAAGAUUUUGCAGGCAGAAUAACCCGUUGCUUGUCUACCAGCCACCAAAAAGUUUAGGAAGGUAAUUUAUAUCUGUUAUCAGAUUUCUAUCGACUUGUAUCAAGUCUCUUGUAUUUCAUUUACGAUUCAUAAUUGAAAGCAAGUUUCAUGUUGAUCCAGCUUCUUGUUUUCCCUUUUCAAGUUGCCAUGAGAGGUGUCAAAAAUACUUGCUGCAUAUUGUUGACGUGAAAUUUACUUGGACCAGUACCUAUAA